AUGAGUACGAUAAAAUUUGACUAGAGGCUCUAUCAAGAGAACUUAAUUCUAAAGAAGGUGCUUUAAGUUACUAUUUUUCACCCCUAAGAUCCAAAUGAUCCUUUGUCUAAGCUUUCUCAGAGUAGUGAUUAUACAUAUCUAGUUAGUGCAAACAGAGAACUUUAGAAAUUCCCAGGAAUAAAAACACUCCUAGAGAAAAAGACACUGUUUGAUUCUAUAUUUUCUGAGAUUUUAAGUCAACCUAAGAGAUAUGGUCUUGUUUAUCUUAAAGACUGUUAUUGUAGCAAUUUAGCAGAGAAAGACAAAGCAGUAAAUAAAGACUUCGGAGAGUUAUUAGAGUUUAUUUUAGAGAUGACAAUCAAUUACACAUCAAUUUUGACACUAAACCCAGAUAUGUUUCCAGAGAUCCUUCCAGCAAACAAUUCUUAUGAUGGCAUUGAACUCUCAGCUUUUAGAUUUGUUCACAUGUUUGAGCAGAAUGGCUACUCUAUAGGUUUUAUGUCUGAGCUGAAUAAAUAAUUGAGAGCAAUGGAUGAAGAUAGUUUUAACCAAGUUUAUGAGAAUAUUUUUGGCCAAAUUAGGUAUAAAUUCUAAAAGGAAUUAACUGUAUUUGAUGUCAAAGCAUAUGACUUGCUUGAUAGUAUGAGUGCAAUAUUGAACUAAAGUGAUGAAAUCAAAGAGUUAUUCAUUAAUUUGAAGUAUUAAGGAGCAGUUUGGAUUCCAGGCCCUGGAGGAAUAAACCUCACAAAGGGUAUUGGCUCCUGUACUGGAGAUAUGCUGGAAAGCUAAUCUGUACUCGGGCCAUUUUUCAGUAUUUCAUUCCUUCCUUGCACGCUUAACUUAAAAGGAGAUGAGAGAUUUAUGAAGGUAAUUGAGAAAGCAGAAAUUGAGUUGAAGCAGGCUAAGAAUUAAAAUUAAUACAACAAAAUAGCAAACAACUUACAAGACAUGCAUAAAAAGUAUAUUUAAAGUCUAAAUAAUCUAUUCAAAACUUUACUCAAAGGUAAGAAUGUAAGAGAACAAGUUAUGAGAUUCUUAGCUGCUUGUGUUGUAAGUAACACUCCAAGAGCCAAAUUGGGCCACAGUUUAGUCUCGAAUUCCAUGAAGAGCUCCUUAAAUUAAAUCUCUUCUGACUCUUUUUGCAUAACAGCUUAGUAUCUCAUGUUUGAAUUGUGCGUGCCAUUCUUAGAUUUGAGCAAAGAUCUGUGGAAAAAGGUUGAUCCAACAUAUUUACCAUCAGGCUAGAGAAUAGAUCUCACUGAUGAAACACCUAUUUGUGCUAAUAAAUAGUUUAAGCAAGCAUUGAAAUUUCCUAAAGAAUAUGGUACUAUAUCAGAGUUCUAUUUUAUGGAGCUAGAGAUGAUUCAUUUUGGAUUAAUGCACAGUGUUAGAAAAUAUCUAGAUAUUAGAAAGAUGAUUGAAAGAUUAUAAACUGAAAAGAAGGCUAUAAGUCAUGAUUAAAGCAUGGUCCAGAAGUACGAUAAUGAGCUUAGUAUUCUAAAGCCAUUUAGAAUUGCUUACGAGCUAGUUUUGACAGAUAAUAAUCUUGCUAAAUAGGUGGAGAAAUUCUACUAGCUUCAUAUGAGAUUAAUGAAAGAAUGGGGUAGAUUUGAUGAGAAAAAAGUUAAGCUUAGCGAAGAUCCAGGCAUUUUCUGCCAUCUGCCAGAGAACUUUAUGCAAGACAUGAUUGAUGUGAUUUCUGAGAUAAUAAAAGUUAACAUUUAAGGUUACAAAGCUUUCAACAUUGAAACUAUACUAGAUGCAACAGAGUUUUGUUUGGCACUUCUAAGAACUGAAGCAGAGGUAAUAACUAAUCCCUAUAUAAAAGCAAAGGCACUUGAAUUAAUAGCUAUCUUUCACCAAGCAGAUUAAAAGAAGGAACUAAUACAGCAAAUGGGUAGAUCACAGAUUGUAACUAAUGCCUUGAUGGAGACAGUCAUCAAAUUCUAUGUUGAUAUUGAAUUUGCUGGCUCAUCCAUGUUCUAUACUAAGUUUCAAUACAGACAUGACUGUUCAACAAUUUUCCAGAGAUUCUGGACUCAAGAUCUUUUCAGACAAAAAGUAAGAGAGAUGGUUGGAAGUCCCAUUUUUGAAAGGUUCCUAAAUAGCUUGAUUAAUGACAUGACUUUUUGCCUUGAGGAAGGAUUGGUUAAAUUGAAGAAAAUAAAAGAACAUGAAAAUAGAGUAGAGCGUGAAGGUGAGAGUAAGUUGACUAAGGAGGAUCAUGACAAUCAUAAGCAAAAUAAAUAAAUAUGCAGAGCCAACUUCUAACUAGCAGGUGAAUGCAUCUGGAAUGCUAAGUAACUCUCUGAUUGGUGUAAAAAGAUCUUUGACAAUGAGGCAUUUGCUGAAAGAAUAGCAUAAACUCUAAACUUUGUUCUAAAAAGUAUUGUUGGCCCUGAUGGAUCACAAACCACUAUAAAAAAUCCUGAAAAGGUGGCAUUUAAGCCUAUGGCACUAUUGCAAGAUCUAGCUGUGAUUUAUUCUAACUUAUCUGAGAUUGAUCACUUUUGCAAAGCUGUAGUUAGAGAUGAUAGAUCCUUUUCUACAGAUAAUUUCAAUUAAGCUCUUCGAAGACUCAAAAUAAACAGAGCUAGUGAAAAUUUGACAGAGUUUGAGAAAUUUGUACAAUUGAUUCCAAAAUACACAUAAUAAGAAGCAGAACUUGAAGAAAUAUUAGGAAAUGACGCACCUGAAGAAUUUUUGUGUCUAUUGACAUAUAAGUUAAUGAAAGAUCCAGUAAGAUUGCCAACAAGUGGAAACAUCUGUGAUAGAUCAACAAUGCAAAGAAUAUUACUCAAUGAUGAACAUGAUCCAUUUAAUAGAAGUCCCUUAAAGUUUGACCAACUUAUUGAAGAGCAUGAACUUAGAGCUAGGAUAGAAAACUGGAUAAGGCAGAAAUUGGCUGGAGAGGAAACAGAUGAAGAUAAAAGAUUGAAAAGUCUCUAAGAAAAUUAACCAAUGGCUUCACCAGACAAAAAGUUGGAUGAGGAGAUGAAGAUGGAAGUAGAUGAUGAUUAUUCAUCAGCCUUUUUCGAUGAUAAUCAAAUUAUGCAAUUAAGGGGAGGUGCAAACAAUUCUCAAAAUGACGUAGACAUGUUUAGCUAAAACACAUUAUCAAACUUUAUGGCGAGAGGAGAUAGAUUUGGCAAAGAUUAUUAAGAAUGA